AUCAGCUCACAGAGGAACAGAUUGCAGAGUUCAAGGAGGCUUUCUCCUUGUUUGACAAGGAUGGUGAUGGUACGAUCACGACCAAGGAGUUGGGUACCGUCAUGAGAUCACUUGGUCAGAACCCUACAGAGGCUGAACUACAGGACAUGAUCAACGAGGUCGAUGCUGAUGGUAACGGAACGAUUGACUUCCCAGAAUUCCUUACGAUGAUGGCGAGGAAGAUGAAGGAGACUGAUAGUGAGGAGGAGAUCAGAGAAGCAUUCAGGGUCUUUGACAAGGAUGGUAACGGUUUCAUCAGUGCUGCAGAAUUACGUCACGUGAUGACGAAUCUUGGUGAGAAGUUAACAGACGAAGAGGUCGAUGAGAUGAUCAGGGAAGCCGACAUCGAUGGUGACGGGCAAGUUAAUUAUGAAGAAUUUGUUACAAUGAUGACGUCACGGUAAAAUGCAACGUCUUCUUAGUCACCUUUUUGUAAGAAAAUAUUUGUUAAUAAGAUUAUUAAUGUUGUCAUGGUAACGGUUGUGUAUAUUAGAAAACACGAUAAUAAGUAUAUAAUAUAGAAGGUGAGUUAUGUUUUUUUUAAUAAUAUCUUAAGAUUUACAAUCAACAUGGAAUUGUUCAUUACUUGAAAGCUAUCGUUUCAACUACGUUAAAGGUUCGUUAUUCCAAAAAAGAAAAUUGCAAAUACGAAAAGGGUUCGAUCCGGAAUAUUUGGGAGCUAUACAUUCCGAAGGCUCGUGAAUCCGAAAAGAAAAUAGGGUUUUUUAUUCCUAAGAUUUGUUAAUCCCAAAAUAAGAUAAUUUUCGUUUUCCGAAGGUAGUCCGAAAAUGAAAUAAGGUUACGAAACUUACUUAAUAAACUAUGUAAACCUUGCUUUACUUUCGGACUACAUAAUACCAUCGAUAGUACGAACCUUAUUUCGGUUUAACAAACCUUCGGUAUAUUUACAUUAUCUAAUUUUAGGAAUAAUGACGCUUCGCAUGAACGAACCUUCGGAUAAUUCGUUGAUACUAAAGCAUAAACACCAACCGCACAUUUCAAACAAAAAUUGCUUAAAAGUGGUCAUAAAAGCGUCUUUUCUUUAAUGUUGUCUUAUUUUACCAAAUGAAAUCAAAAGGAUCUACGGAUGUUGUAAGUCCAUGAUAAAAUAUCAGACAAAGUUACAUCAAUCUCAGGGUUCUUCCAAAAUCCAAAUAUAACUACUCAUUCUAACAUGGACGUGAAUUUCUUUAUUAAAGACCCCUUCACAAUUAUUCGGAUUCAGUGGGAACCAGGCAGAACUAGUUGGACUAAUUAAUUCGGGUGGAUUUCAAAUGUCAGGAAUGUCUUUGAUGAAAAUAAUCCUGAUUGUCGAUCUAAUGAGAUAAAAAUGCUUUGAUGGAAUAACACAAAUAUUCAAAAAGUUUUCAUUGAAAUAUAUUUAUUCAGGAAAUCGCAAGAUCAGUAUAAAAAGAUUGUUUUACAUCGAGGUCCUGAAAAAAAAUUAAGAACUUACAAAAGUAAGAACUUACAUGAAAAGUCAAAACUGAUAAAAGAAUACGACCCCGGGAAUACGACCAUCUGCUAUAUAAGCUAAAUAAAAGAAUGACAUUGGCAAAUUAUAAAAAUCAUUAGCCUUUAGAAUACAUUAAGAAUACGGUACCCUUCGAAUGCUAGUUGAUAUCUUCCUUUUUUGCGUAUUUUACAUUUUUAAAAUAUAGGCCCUAUUUUUUAUGAGCACACAUAUUUUUUUUUUUUGGUCGGGUUCAUGAAUUUACCCGAACAUUAUGCUCUCAGAAGGCAUUUGGAAUACUGAAAAUGUAUUUUGAAAUGACAGAAAUCACAUCCCCCCCCCCUUAAAAAAGUCUGACCACAUUCUGACUAAUUCCGCCUCCGUGUGACUAAGUAUUAUGGAUAAACUUUUGAACCUAAUUAUUUUCUCCGGGAAAUAAAUUAUUUUGCUUUAUCUUAACGUAGAGGGAGCAAGCACUAAAUUAAGCGCUGUGUCUGAACUACCUGACACGUAUUUGACUCACUCAUUACAAUCUAAAUUCCAAGGAUUAAAAAAAAAUCCAGAUCGGCUGUGAAUAGUGACCAGCCGAAUCUUAAGGAUUAAAUUUAAAAUCUCAAGAUUUAAAUUCAAAUCUUUUAGAUUUAUAUUUAAAUCAACAAGGUUUAAAUCUAAAUCUAAUAUUCGGCAAGUCACUAUUCACAGCCGAUCUGGAUUUAUUUCAAAUCCUUAGGAUUUAGAGUGUAUCAUCAUUAUCUUAGGCCUUUCAUUUUAAUUUGACAAUCUCUAAUAAACAUAAACCUAUAUCCGAAAUUAUCAUCAUAAAUAUACAUUGAUGUUCAAUUAAUACUAUUUUAGAAACAAAAUAAUCUUCUGUGUAGAUUUUUUAUGGCGAGUGUUUCGAGAAGAAACGGUUUAGGGUAUAUGGCUGGGUUUUUCAUCUCAAAAUUCAUUAAAGGUCAAGUCCACCCCAGAAAAAUGUUGAUUUGAAUAAAUAGAGAAAAAUCAAACUAGCAUAACGCUGAAAAUUUCAUCAAAAUCGGAUGUAAAAUAAGGAGGUUAUGACAUUUUAAAGUUUCGCUUAUUUUUCACAAAACAGUGAUAUGCGCAACUCAGUGACAUGCAAAUGAGACGGUCAAUGAUGUCCAUCACUCACUAUUUCUUUUGUUUUUUAUUGUUUGAAUUAUACAAUAUUUCAUUUUUUACAGAUAUGACAAUAGAGACCAACUCGACUAAAUCAUAUAGUUUUAAACAAUGUUAUUUCCAACUGUUGAUGGAGGAAUCAAGUGUUGUUUCACUUGACAAUGAGGAGAAAAUUAGAAUAUUUCAUGUAAUAAAAUACAAAAGAAAUAGUGAGUGGAUGACGUCAUCAGUCUCCUCAUUUGCAUACCGACCAGGAUGUGCGUAUAACUGUUUUGUGAAAUUAAGCAAAACUUUAAAAUGUCAUAACUUUCUUAUUUUACAUCCAAUUUUGAUGAAGUUUUCAGUGUUUUGCUUGUUUGAUUUUUCUUUUAUUAUUCAAAUCAACUUUUUGUUGGGGGUGGACUUGUCCUUUAAGCAUAAGAAUAUUUGGAAAUGUCGAAGUAGUUUUGUUUUUACUAAAUAUUUUUAUGCCCACUUUUCGCCUAAUGAAAUUCACGCUUAUCGCAAUAUUAUCAAAAUUGGUGAAUGGCCAAUAAAAGCAAGAAUUGUAUGAGGAAACUUGCGAAAUUUAAAAUAAUAUACACUCUAAGAAAAGGCUGAGUGAAAAGUUACUAAAUACUAGGUUUUAAAGGGAUUACUGUAAUAUGUAUGUUUAUUGGGAAAGCAAAUAAGCACGUUUCAUUGACACUUUUUACACAACAUUGUGUUGAGGUUACAUCUUGUGUUAUGGGAUUUUAUUUCCAACAAACCCGCAUGUUCCAACAUUUGUAAAUUGUAAUAGAGAUAAAUAAAUAGUAAAAUAGCGUUGACAGAUUAUUUGCUAUGAAUAAUUAAAAUUAAAGGUUCUUAGCUCGCUUUGUGUAAUGUCUUUAGGUAACGUUGUGGAAUUAGCCUAUAUAAGUAUAACAAUGGGCCGGAUUAUUGUCCAAUAUGAAAGUGUUUGCAAAACACUAUUCAAUCAAAAUUGUGUAAAAAGAAAAGAAAGAAGUAAAGAUAGUCUUUAUCGCACAAAGUUUAUCAAUGUAAACGGCUGUUAUUGGUCCAUAUUAGCCUGUAAGGUUGGUUUGUGGCUGCAUGAUGACAUACGUUUAUUUCAUUGUGAUUAUUACCAUUUAUACAAUUUGUUUUUAAGCAAUGAUAAUUAAACAACGAUCAUUCUCCAAA